GCCGCGCCCUGCAGCCCGCCAGCAGCCCGCCCGGACCCGCCGCCGGCAGUACGCGAGUGUGUGUGUGUGUGUGCGUGAGUGUGAGUGAGUGAGUGCGGAGGCUCCGGGGAGGAUGCUGCCCCCGCUGCGCCUCGCCAUGUCCCCCGCACCGGCCGCCUCCCUCGGCGGCGUCCUGGCCGUGUUCCUCGUGGCCGUCGUCACCCUGGCGGGUGCCACCCCACUGCCCCGGCCCCGAACCGACCUCCCCGACGAGCCGCUCGCCGCGGACUUCGGCAAGAAAGUAACGCAGGUCCCAGAUGUUGAAGUCCAGCACAAGCGCCAGAUCUUCCGGGAGCAGGUGUCGCCGCACACCGGAGGCAAGAUACCCGAGGACGCCUUCCGCGCCGACCGCCUGGCGCUCAACAAGCUGCAGCAGGCGGGCUUCUCCGUCCCGGACGGCAUGCUGCUGCACUGGCGGGGCCACGGCCAGGGCGGCGACCCGGGCCACCACGGCCACGGCCCGCACGGCCACCCCGACGGCCACACGCACACCGCCGACCCGCACCUCUCCGUCAUCAAGAUCCUGCAGACGGACGAGGGCAGAUACGUGCCGCCCGAGGGCCAGACACACCAGUCCCAGAACACGGUGGACUCCACGUACUUGCUGCGCACGCCGGCGGGCUGGGACCAGCAUGCCGAGCACCUGGUGCCGCUGCAGCGACCGGUGGGCCCGCCUCUGCAGCUGCCCGGUGCGGGCGGGGCCGGCGGCAGCGGUGACCUUCCUAGGCGCCCGUUCAACCCCCAGCACAAGCCCGCCUACGCCCCGCCGCAGCCUGCCACGGCGACCCCGCAACCACCACCGCCGCCGCCUCCACCACCACCACCGCCGCCACCACCUCCACCGCCUGUGCCACAGCAACGACCCCAGGACGACGUGAACCUGACGCCCUUCCCGUCGCCGGCGCUGCAGCCGCCGCCGCCGCCCCCCGGCCUUUACCACAACAAACAGGCCGUGCACCCGCUGGAGGUGCCGCAUCCCCCCAAGGCGCCCUCUGGCCCCCGGCGCCCAGCGCACCGCCCCCGCUGGGGCCAGCACAUGUCCUCCCUGGUCGACGGCCGCCACCCCGACGACAGCUCCGGGCCAGGGCGAGACCUCGACCUCUUUAGCUCCGGCCUCGGCUCCAGCCUUGGGUCUAGCCUUGGGUCUAGCCUCAGCUCCGGCCUCGGCUCCAGCCUGAGCUCGGGCCUCAGUUCCGGCCUCGGCGGUAGCCUCGGCUCAGGACUUAUCUCCGGGCACGGUUCCAGCUUCCGCCACGGGUCCCUCUCGGAGGCCCACGAUGACGACUCCCUGCUGGGCGACUCGGCCUUCCUCCUGGACGACGAUUGGGCCUCCGAACUGCCUGGGGGGCUGCUGAGCCCAGACCAGCUGGCCGCGCUGUACAACAGCGACCACGAGGACCGUCUGCAGCACCUCCACUCGCUGACCUCCUUCUAGGAGCCCAGCGGCGGGUCGCCUCCGGCAGCGGCCGGACCUGCGACACGUCAUCAUGACUGCCGUCACUCUGUGUCUUUAACGCCGGCACGGCAGAAAGCUUUGAGAUGCGUCGUAUUCCCCGCCAAAUGCCUUCCCUCCGUGGCGGCCAGCGCGCAGCCGCAUUACGUGAGCCGGUGAAAGGAGUCGGCCGCGUGAAGUGAGUGAGGCUGGGGAGUCUGGGGAGGGGAGUGGCGCCCUGCGGUAGGCAGCCCACCGUGCGCCGGCGCGCUCCGGGCUGGGGCAGCGCCCGGCGCUUGGGCUGCCGGCAAACAGUAUACGCGGGCGGACUAAAGUAACGGUUUAUCUCAAACUACUUUCAAUGGCAUCCAUUUCGCAGGGAAAAAAAAUUAUUAGGCCAGAUUCUCUUGCAAUGCUUUUGCUAAAGGUUGCAAUCGGUCGGUCAACCCCCCGGCGCGCUUGCUGGACAGACACACGCUGGCCGACCCGACCUGGGCGAUUGCAGAGUCUACUAUGUGUCCUUUCGGUUCGCCCUAUGGGCUCCUACUUGAGUGGAACGUUUUUGAUAACAAUGUAAUGUAAGGAUGAAUGACGCGCGACUCUUCUCAAUUCAUAUUUAUCUAAUCUUGACGACUCAAUUUAGUCAGAGUGACGCCGAUUGACCUAACAUCACUGCGACUAUUUUUCUUGCUUCUAUAUAUUCUGUAUAUUCUUUGUUGCUCUCACAGGAGCAGCCACCACUGCUCAAAGCAUGUUCACUUACUUGGCAUAACGAAUUGAUGGGUUCAGCCCUGCCAUGCGCGGUUACCUACAGAAGUAUGUAUGAGAGGGAGAAUAGUGACGGACUUUAUUUCGUUCAACUAGUAAGUGUUAUGUAAAUAUUAGAACUACUUGUUAUGUAAUAUAAAGCCAUAAUUAUGUUGUGUUAUCGAUGUGUCUAGAAGUUACGGGUCUGUCUGAGUGUAAAUUUGUGAGUCAUUGUUUCAUCGAGGUAGAAGCUACCCUCAUAAUUGUGUGGUCCCUUUCCUGCAGCAGCAGCAAACGUGUUUAGUAAUGGCAUGUGAGGGAAUACAAUCAAAUUUUCGGGACUACAGCCUUUUACCGUUUGUAAAGUCUUUAUAAGUUCUGCUUCAAGUGAUUUUUGCUCUCCGUUAAAUCCAAGGACAAUGAGGCGUUCCUACACUACAGAGAUUGUUACAUUGCUGUAUUCCAUCUUGUUGGUAACAUCGUCGUUCAAAUAAAUUAAAUAGUAUAUUACAAAUCA